AGAGAGAAAGAGGGGCACGCGCACACCCACCCACACACGUUCAGGCUGAGCGUGCUGUGCCGCGCGCGCGCCGCUCCAUGACAAACAGGAGGAGGAACCAGAAGUCUUCGCUCGGUUUAACAUCACUUCCCCGCCGCUGGUGGAGCAAACAGUCCUCCUGAAGCAGCCGGGGAGCAGAGGACCCGUCGGUGUGAGUGUCCGCAGAGAGCCGGACCCCCUGAAGCCCCCCCCUCGGCCCGCAGAGCCUCAACAGGAGGCUGAUUUCCUGAGAUAUCUGGGGGAUUCUGCGGAGGCUCCUCUGGGCAUGGACAGCCAACAGCUGCUCUGAUUGCAGGAGUUCCACCAGGCGCUGUUCACUCGAAAGAAUGGAGAGUUGACGGUUUCUGAAGAACAACAAGAAUAACUGAAGUGGGACAGACAAAAAGAGGACGCAGCUCUCUCUCUGUAGGAGCAGGGACCUCCUUCUCCUUGUUUCAAACCUAUCGCGUAUAUUGGUGUCAUGGCUGCAUACGGGCAGACUCAAUACAGCCCGGCCCUCCAACCUGCAGGACCAUACGCGCAUUACACCCACCACACACAGGGCUACAGCAUGCCAUCCUACAACAUUAAGACGGAGGACGGUCUGAGUCACUCUCCAGGACAGACAGGAAUACUGGGCUACUCCAACUUCAGUGGAACGCCUCCGAGUCAAAGUCUCUACAGCUACUCUCACACACACGGUGGUGGUAUUUCACCUGGAAUAUUUCAAGGGACACAUGCAAUCUCAAGUUCAACCACAUUCAAUCCUACCCAGCAGGAGUUUCCUGCCUAUUCAAGCUACAGUCAGAGUCAGUACUCACCAUAUUAUAACUCACAUCACUACAACAGUCCCUACCUAACCAGCAGCAACAUCAGCCCUGCAACAAUCACAGCUCCGUUAGCUUAUCAGCACCCAGAGCACCCCAUCAUGAUGCCCAGUCACAGCCCGGAGUCACAUACAGGGGAUUACCACCCACCACCCAGUCCACCAACACCAGGUAAGGAGGAGGUGAUCCCAGCAAGGAGAGGAUCAGAUGGCAAGUUGAGAGGAAGAAAAAAAGUUAUUGACCCCGCUCCUCCUCUGGACUCAGAUAUAGAGCGUGUGUUUAUCUGGGAUCUGGAUGAAACCAUCAUCAUUUUCCAUUCGCUCCUCACGGGAACUUUCUCCUCGAGAUUUGGCAAGGACUCCUCAAAGGCAGUGUCUCUGGGUUUAUGGAUGGAAGAAAUGAUCUUCAACCUAGCCGACUCAAGACUCUUCUUCAACGACCUGGAGGAAUGUGACCAAGUUCAUAUUGAUGACGUGGCAUCAGACGACAAUGGACAGGACCUGAGCACUUACAACUUUGGGUCCGAUGGCUUCCAGAGCCCAGCAGGAGCGGGCUCUUUAAGCCUGGGCUCAGGGGUUCAUGGAGGGGUCGACUGGAUGAGGAAACUGGCUUUCCGAUACCGCAGAGUUAAAGAGAUCUACAGCACGUACAAAAAUAAUGUUGGAG